AGCUGCCCCGUCAACCCUCCCACCCCACCCUCAAGAUUAGGGUUUCGUUCGUGCUUUGAGUGCUGCUGCUCUGCUCAAAAUUCGUCCUAACACUUCGCUUGUAGUCGUCGCCCUGCACGCCAUGGCUGCCGUUGUCCCAGUCGCGCCAGGGUCAUGCCUUUCCGCGUCGCUCGCACCGUCUUCAGCCGGCCGAGGGAGCACGUCCCAGCCAGCGUCGCCAGGCUGCCGGCCAGUCCAUGCCUCCUCCGCUCGUCUCAGCAGCUGCGCUGUUCGCGCGAAGCACCGCGUGCCGCUGCUGAGACACGUGGCGGCUUUCCAGGAUGACGGAUCUCGGGCGUUUUACGAGCCGGUGAGAUGCAAGAAGGCGGACAAGGAGGGCAAAGCCUUCAAGGAGGCGAAGCAGUCGCUUAAAGCCCGAGCUGCAACGCUGGAGUCGCAGUUCGUCACGAUGGGCGAAGCCUCUGACUCGCCGGAGCAGCAGGCUGGCGUUGCAACGGCGGUCUCGGUUGACGCGGAGUUCGUGUCAACAGUGCUGCGCGAGCUGAAGGAGAUCAAGGCGGAGCUCAAGUCGCUGAAGCAGAUGCAGAAGAAGAUGAUGGACUCCUCGUCGUCGUCCUCGUCGUCCUCCUCCUCCUCGUCAAGCAGCGACGGCGGUAUGGGGGGGAUGAAGGCCCGGCGCAUGGAGCGCCGUAAGGCGCGGCAGCAGGGCGCCAUGGGGACCGCUGGGACCAUGGGGACCGUGGAGACUAUGGGUUCUAUCGGUACUCCCGUUGCGGUAUCAGCUGUUGCCACCGGCGCUGCUGCUGCCGGUGCCGCUGUUCUCACUGCCCCUCCCGCCGCAGCCGCAUCCCCAGCCGCCGUCUCCGCCGCUUCUUCUUCUGUGCAGUCAGUGAUGGGCACGUCUUCCCUCCCCACCGCUCCAGCGAGUCCACUGGCGUCGGUUCUCUCCUCACACGCCAACCCAGCCGCCGAAUCCCACAGGGUGUGGGAGAUUGAAGACGUGGUUUCAGCGAUCGCUGGAGGCACUACUUUUGGCAACUCCGUGCUGCCGUCCGCCCUUCAAACCCCCGUGCAACUCCCCCCUGUGCAGUCCCCGCCUCCCCAAUCUCCGCCCGCCGCGCCCGAUUCCCCCCUUCCGGCCACGCCUGUCUUCCCUGACACGGCGGCCUCGCAGCUGCAGGGGGCCGUGGCAAUGGGUGUGACUGUAGUGGGGGACGUGGAGGUGUGCAUUGGCGGGAAGUGCAAGAAGAACGGUGCGGCUGAGAUCCUGUCCGCCUUCCAGGCGCAGGCUGCGGGCACAGGCGUGCAUGUGGAGGGGUGCAAGUGCAUGGGGAAGUGCAAGGCGGCGCCGAACGUGAGAGUGUGGAGGGAUGACGUGGACGAGCCUAGGGUUGAGAGUUAUUUGGAGGUUGAGGAUGUGGGUGUGCUGAUGCAGAGGCACUUUAGCCUGCAGCCUGCUCCUGUGCCAACUGCAGCAGGAAUGAUGUGAGAUGUUAUCAAGGGACUUAUGCGAUUGUAAAGAACACUGGCAGAAUAAAAUUGUGCUCUUGUUUAGUCAGACACCAUCAGAGCUGCAAGUGUCGCCUUGAUGCUAUGACCGAUGUGCUUCUUGUCAACUUAUACAUGUCAUGCAUGUAGGAGUUAUAGGCUAGUAUUGUGCUCCUAGUGAGUACAACCCAACUGCUAUAUGUUCCCUGUUUCCCUUUCUA